CCCACUCGUCUCGUCUUCCACCCUUGCGCUCCCAAAUCCCAAUCCCCCAUUCUGUUAAACAAAAAUUCCAAGCCCCCACCAAAACCCUAGCUCGCACCGGCACCAUGACCCCGCCUCCGCCGCCGCAGCCCGGACAGGACUCGCUGCCGGCGCUGGUCGACGACCUGGUAUCCGAUAUCCUCCUCCGACUCCCGCCGGACGAGCCGGAGUGCCUAUUCCGCGCCUCGCUCGUCUGCAAGACCUGGAACCGCCUCCUCUCCGACCGCGCCUUCCGCCGCCGCUACUGCGAAUUCCAUCGAGCACCUCCCGUGCUUGGAUUCCUUCAUAACCGUUCCGGCCUCGCCCCCUUCGUCCCGACCACCGCAUUCCGGCCUCCCGACACUGAGCACUGCUACGCCAUCGGCUGCCACCAUGGCCGGGCCCUCCUGCGCGAGCGCAGAUCCCCUGAUUUCCUCACCCUGUGGGACCCCGUGACCAACGAGAAGCAGUAUGUGCGCAUGCCCGACAUCCCGAUGGCUUCCGCCAACGGCUUGGUGCUCUGCGCCACACCCGGCUGCGACCACCUUGACUGCCACGGGGGUCCCUUCCUGGUGGCCUUCGUCGGCUUCGACGCCGGCGGCGAGGGUGCGAGCGCCUGCCUCUACACUUCGGAGACCGGUGCGUGGAGCACGCCGUCCUAUCUACAGCUCGAUUCCUAUCUCAACCCGCAGCCCCCUGUCGUUGUGGGAGAUGCACUCUACUUGGUAUGUGAGGAUGGCGAAACAAUCAUGCGCGACAAAUUCGCUGGCAAAAGGGGCCUAUCACUGAUCGAGCCGCCGGACGUUUACGAGGAAGGCGUUGUCCUCAUGACGGUUGAGGAUGGUGGACUUGGGAUCGCUGGCCUUGACAUGUCCACCCUCUACCUUUGGUCGCUGAAGACGGAUCCUGGCGGAGUUUCGGGGUGGAAAACACGCGGGGUCAUCAAGCUGGAGAUGCUCCCCAUCGAUGACCUGAGAUCAUGGCGUCACUUGGUCGGCUUCGCCAAGGGAUGCACUUCCGACAUCGUUUUCGUGACCACAGAUGCUGGCGUCUUCAAGAUCGAUCUCAAAUCGGAAGAAGCGACGAAGGUGUGCGAGCAUGGCAGCUCCCUCGUAAUCUUUCCUUACACGAGCUUCUGCACCCCAGGUCGUGCUAACUGCAGAUUGCCAUCUCCAGCGGCAACCUAGUGAUCUACUACCGACCCUGUCAAUGAUAGUCCGUACUCCGUGCCAAGUGGGUGAACUUAUGUCUUGGUUCUUCUGUUGCUGUCUUGCUACCAUCCUGCAGUUUAAGUGAGAACAUUGUUAGUCAAUCUGACCAGUUAUGGUUCUUGUCAAAUUAUCCAUGAACAUGUGUCCAAAACUACGUCGUAAUAUUUUGGCUUAUCGUUCCUUCUGUGCUCGCCGCAGCCACCUAAAUAUUAAUGUCCGUGUUCCUAUAUUCCCUGAAAAAAUGAUCAUUUGUGGUUGUCAUGUCAUGUU